AGGGAUUGAGAGGCAUCGGGGUCGCGCUUAUCGUGUUUGGCUGACAAGUGCCUGCUCUACCAGGUUCAGCAUUAUGGGGGAUCCUGGAAGCCGAGACGGGAUGAACCCUCGCCGACCGACCACUGCACAGGGAUCAAGUAGGCGGUUCAUACCGGGAUAAAGGAGUGUUUUCAUGUGUCCAGCCAUAAACAGCCAGCGAGUGAGCUGCAGAGGACUCGGUGUUUGCUGAGAUUCAAUCAAAGCUGGAGUCACUGCUGGUAGGUUAACGAGGAUAGACGGACGCGAGGAAACCGGGAAGUCUACAAACUUAACUAAAUACCGCGUUGGGCUGAGUGGAAACAAUGAAUAAAUGGGUGAUUACGAGCCGGUCCGGUCAGCCUGAGCGAAUCGGAACAGGCUGGGCUCAGCCAGAGUGAAGUCGGCUCCCAUCUGUUGACUUCUCCGCCGGGUGGCGAUGUCCGCUUUCUGCCUGGACCUGCAGACGUCUGCCGUGCUUUCAGCACCAUUAGAGCUGGACAGCGACUGCAUGGAGCCGCGGGCCGGCCCCGGCGCUGAGGAGCCCGGCGGCUGUCAGGGCCACCCGCCGCGGCAAGCUGGCUCCGGAGGCCUCGGCACGGCCUUGGAGGAGGAACUGGCCAUGAUCACCGGGGAGCGGGGAGUCGACGAGGAGCUGGCGGACCUGGAGGCGCCAGCAGUGGGGCACAACGCAGACAUGCUGUUGCUCUUCCGACAAAAAGAAAAGGACUUGGUUUUAGCAGCUAAACUGGGUAAAGCGCUGCUUGAGAGAAACCAAGAUCUGACCAAGCAAUAUGAGAAAAUGCACAAAGAUCUCUGUGAGAAGUUGGAGCACUUGGAGCAGGAAAAGCACGAGUUACGACGGCGCUUCGAAAGUCGAGAGGGUGAGUGGGAGGGCCGCGUGGCCGAGCUGGAGACAGACGUCCAGCAUCUACAGGGUGAGCUGGAGCGCCACCAGGUCCAGCUGAGGGAGGUGGACAGGGACAAGACCAAGGCCAUCAGCGAACUCUCCGAACAGAACCACAGGCUGCUGGAGCAACUCACUAGGGCUGCAGAGGUGGAGAGGCAGCUGUCCACUCAGGUCCAUUCAUUACGGGACGACUUCAGGGAGAAGAGCACGUCUACGCGGCAGCACAUGACACGACUAGAGACUCUGCAGGCCGAGCAAGGGCUAGAAAUUAAGAUGCUGUCGGAGAGGAAGAUGGAGCUGGAGCGCAGGGUGCACGCCAUGAUCGAGGAGAACGAGCUGCUGCAGAACACCAUGGAUGACCUCCGAGAGAGGACGCUGGUGCUCGAGAAGCAGUGUCACGAGAAGGACCUUCAGUUGCGACAAAGCCAGUUGGAGCUUCAGGAGGUCCAGGCAUCCCACAGACAACUGGCGGCUAAGCUGGCAGAGCUAACGGAGGAGCACAGUCUUCAAACCCUCACCCCCCACCCGUCCAACCUGCUGUGUGAGAUAGAGCAGAGCAUGGAGCAGGAGGAGCAGGAGCAGGAGAGGGAACAGCUGCGCCUGCAACUGUGGGAGGCCUACUGCGAGGUUCGCUCGCUCUGUUCCCACCUCCGGGGAAACGAUGUCACAGACUCAGCACUGUCCACCGACUCCUCCAUGGACGAGUCCUCGGAGACGUCCUCGGUCAAGGAUGUGCCCACAGGGAGCCUUCACACCAGCCUGUUAGAGCUGCGCAGGCUAACGCAGAACCUGCUGGAUGGGAACGAGUCUACGGGUUCGCGGCGCAGUGACGAGGAGGCCCUGGAGGAGCAGGUGAGGAAGCUGGGUGAGGAACUGCAGGAGGUCAGAGAGCUGUAUGAAGCGGAGCAGCACAAAACACGCGGCAGUGAAGAGGAGCUGCUCCAGCUGCACAACCAGAUGGCGCUGCUCUCCGUUGAGAUCGGCUCUCUCCGGGAAGAGAACGAGCGGAUGAGGGCGAUGGCAGAUGUCCGAGAGCCCAGUGAGCAGCUCCAGAGUGCCAUCAGAGACAGAGACGAUGCCAUUGCCAAGAAGAAAGCUGUGGAAAUGGAGCUGGCUAAAUGUAAAAUAGACAUCAUGUCUCUAAACAGCCAGCUUCUGGACGCCAUCCAGCAGAAACUCAACCUGUCACAGCAGCUGGAGGCUUGGCAGUUUGCCUCCUCAGGGCUCUUUACUGUUUGGCUCUUGUGGUUUCUGAUCUAGUGGCCUUUCUGAACUUCAGUACCACCCUUUUCCCCCCUGUGGUACCUCCCCCCCUCCUGCCUUAGAGGUGAGCCCUGAGCUGCACCAUCCCGCCGUCUCUCUGCUCUAACCCGACCAUGCCACGCUGAGUCAUUUCACGCCAAGGUCAACUGACUCUAGGGAUUUGCUCAUCCAAGCGCUCCGUCUCUGAACCAUUAACCUACAACUAGAACCAUCCGAGUCUUCAUUCUCCCUGUUUCACCUCCCACUUGGCUCUCUCGAAUGCAACACUUUCACUUUUGUUGAGAGACUGGGCUGGGUGCAUCUUAACUGAUCUAUGCGAGCAUCAAAUAUACGGCGUUUUCGUCACCGUUCAGGGUGGCGUGGUUAUAUUUAUGCUGCUUCGCAUAUUGGGCGGCUCUGAAUGUAUUUCUGUUGUCGUAAAAUGUGUUUUUAUUUGCUGCAUAUUUAUUUUUUAAAUCAGGCAAUCAAGAUUUCCAGCUUGAUGUGGCAGCUUGACAGAGCCCUCUGGUGGCUAAAAGCUGUGCAUGAACUUCUGCAAAUAACUCAUAAAUAUAAUUACAAAUACCUGAACUCCUUUUUUUUUAAAAAAAGGAAAAUUAUGAAUGUAAAUAGAUACAUUAUUUUUAUUCACAUAUCAGCAAUUUAAGAAAAAUGUGUUUCAACCUCCUCAGACAGCACCAGAUGAAAACUGUUUCCCAGUCAAACGUUGAAAAAUAUAUGGACUAUCCUAAUGAGCAUGUUUUUGUUGAAAAAUACGUCUAAACCACGAUUCAUAACUGUUUAAGGUCAUUUGGUUUAUUUGUAGUCUAGAACUGGUUUCUGGUGUUUAUUAAACGUCUAAAUGUAGGCCUCUCACAGCUGAGAUUGGUUAAUGCAAAAGAACAGCUUGACAGCAGUCAGCAUUAAACUUGCAACCCUGUGAUUUUUAGUCCUAUGAUUUUCUAACUGAGCUGUCUCACAGGACAUCUAACCAUGUGCAUACAAUAUACAAGACCAGGACCUGUCACCAUACGAUGCUGUUAUUAUUUUAUCUGUCCAAAUUAAACAGUCGUUCAGCAAUUCAUGCAGUCAGAAGAAAAAAGUUUCAGUAACUUUUUUACUAGACUU